AAUUUAAUAGAUGCAAGCCGUUUGGUUUAUAUUUGAUAUUUUAUUUAGAACAAAUUUAUUAAGAAUAUCGAAGGAUCUGGGCUCCAUUGGUUGUCCUGUAUUCAGUCUGUUGAGAGGCUAGAUUUACGUAAGCAUGAUUAGGAAGACAGUAGGGCAUGGAGCAACACCUUAUUUUUGACCGUACUUCGUGUUUAUGUAUUUCGUACUUCAUGUGAACUGAUUUCGUAUUUCGUUUGGGUGUAUUGUAGAAGUUUGUUUUUUUUUGUUUUUGAUAAAGCCUCGAUUUGUGUUCAAGAAAAUAAAGCGAAUCCUCUUUUUUUGGAUCAAACAUGGCGGCCUCAUGUUUUCCUUGUAGUCGUCGUGGAAAGGAAAGGUCCGUCGAAGAAAAGCACGAGUCAGAAACCUACAUGCCCUGCUGACGUAGCGACAAAAGGAUAAAAAGUUGCCGCUACACUUAAGUCAAAAAUAAGUUGCUCCGCAAGAGGAUCGAAAGACGACCCGCGACACACGGUGGCAAUUCGUGCUCGCUGGUGUGCCGCUGUUGGAGGAGCAAGAGGAAGAACGGACAUUGGCUUGUUGUUUCGAACGCCGUCAAAGGACCGCUUGGUUUUCCUCGGCACCUUUGGAUCGACAACGGCGCGAUAUUUUGGAAAUACUUCAUUUCGUGGACAUUGGAAGACAACAUUUGUGGCGUGCUUCAUAAGAACAAGCACAUCGCAUGACGUCAUCCAGCGACCUGCAAAGCAAAAGUAAGUGGAUUCAUCGUGUUGAAAGUAUCGAGGCAACUCAAUUAAUAUGGAGCAAAUGGAAAUCGAAUCAUCCACUAAGAGAGUACCAAAACUAACAGCGAAAGCUCAAGAAGACAAGCUUCAACAGCUUAAAGGAGCAAGAAAAGCUAAGUUACGGUACCUUACAAGGAAGAUGAAGGAAAUUGAGGCUCUUAUGGAUGAUGCUAACAAUGCUGGAGAUGUGAAUGCCAUAAUAUCUGGUGACUUUGCAGCCACGUACAUUGAGUUUUGUGCAGCCAAUGACGCAGUUAAAACUCUGAUGAGUGAUGCACAAGUUUUUGAUGACCAAGCCCAGUGGUUUGAGCCCAAAGCCAAGUAUUUGAAUGCCUUUGUGGAAAAGAGUGAAAGUUGGCUACAAGAAGUUAAUAAGCAAGAAAAUGAGGCAAAAAGACUUGACGCAGAGAUCGAGCCUGCAGAUAGUGUUUCGUUGAUACAUUCUCAGAACAGUAAAAGGCAAAAUGCUAGCCGACCGUCUUCUGUUGUAUCUUCUGCCGUAUCUUCUACUGUGUCCGCAACAAGUUGCAAAGCAGAAGCUCAAAAGGCGGCUCUGUUAGCACGUGUAGGAACAUUACAAAAAAGAGUGGAAAUUGAGAGACAAGAGGCCCUGCUCAAGGCAAGAAGAGAGGAGUUGGAGUUGCAAACCGCUAUUGCUGCCGUGAAUGCAAAGCUAGAGGUGCUAACUGUCAAAGAAUCAGAUUGUCCCGCUAACGUUGCAUUCAGAGAAGAUGUGACUGUAAACCAGAGAGGUCCAGAUCAAGGUAGUGAGUGUAGCUUCAGUACUGUGCUGUCAGAACAUGACGAUUUUGGCCAAAAGGGUCAUGGUAAUCGGGCACAGAGCACCUUGCGUCAUAGUGACACAGGGAGGAGUGAUAGACCUCACCUGUUGAGGGACAUGUUUGGCAAUCAGUUAAGCACAGAUCACGGUAGCGCUGUUGGUGUUCAAGAUUUGUUGACUGUUAUGCAGCGACAGAAUGAGAUCACUAAACUUUUGGUGAAGCAACAAAAGGUGUCUACAUUACCACCAAUUAAUAUUCCAGUAUUUAGUGGCAAUCCGCUGGAAUUUAGUUUCUUUUUGAAAGCUUUUGAGCACGGGAUUGAAGAAAGGACAGAGAGUAACAAAGAUAGGCUACAUUUCCUUGAACAAUUCACGCAAGGGAGGCCUAAAGUUCUAGUACGCAGUUGUGCAUACAUGAACCCAGAUAAAGGCUAUGUAGAGGCUAAAAGACUUUUGUGCAAGAAUUUUGGAAAUGAAUAUACAAUUGCCUCCGCCUACAUUCAGAAGGCAUUGCAAUGGCCUGUCAUUAGGUCAGAAGAUGGAGAUGCACUAACAGAAUUUGCUGUUUUCCUCACGAGCUGCUGCAACACAGUAGAUAGUGUGGAUUACAUGAAUGAGAUGGACAGCACGACCAACAUGCGCAUAAUUAUAUCUAAACUCCCAUUUAAGAUAAAGGAAAAAUGGAGAGGAGUCGCAUGUGACAUUCAGGAAAAGUCAGGAAAGAAAGUCAGGUUCACAGAUGUGGUAAAUUUUGUCGACAAACAGGCAAAAAUUGCUUCCCAUCCGUUGUUUGGCAACAUACAAGAACCUGCCUCACCAAAACAAAGGCAUGAAAAGGAAAAAAGGGAAAAUGCUAAAAGACACAAGGAAAAGAAAAGUGUUUUUGCUACUGAUGUCACAUCUGACACGAGCUCAUCCGAGCAGGCAAAAGGGAACACAUCCGCCGAUGGAAUUGAAAAGCAAUGUGUAUUUUGCCAAAAGAAAGGACACACCUUGGAUUGUUGUAGAAUAAUCAAGCAAAAGCCAAACAAAGAAAAGCUUGAUUUUCUGAAGUCUAAAGGCCUGUGCUUUGGAUGCUUAAAACAGGGACAUUUAAGUAAAGGCUGUAAGCAAAAACAGAUCUGUCAAACAUGUUCUAAAAAGCAUCCCACCAUCCUGCAUUUUGAUCGAGAGGAGUCUGCUUUCUCUGCGGAGGAGAGCCAGAUAACCCAACAAACCGUCCAAAGUUCAGCUUCCACCGACAAUGAAACUUGUGGUUGUACUGGGGCCGGAGAAGCAGCCUGUGCCCUGUCAAUCGUUCCAGUGAAAGUCAGGUGUUUGAGGAGCAACAGAACAGUUGAAGCAUAUGCGUUUCUCGACCCAGGAAGCACUGGAACCUUCUGUACAGAGGAGCUAAUGAGGAACCUUAUGACAACAGGAAAAAAGACAAAUAUCUUGCUUCGAACCAUGGGAAAAGAAGGGAUUGUCAGUACCAAUGUCGUCAUGGGACUGGAAGUCAGUGCUGUGGAUGAAGAUAACUUUAUCAAGCUUCCAAAGGUUUUUACACAGUCUAAAAUCCCAUUUAGAAAAGAGAACAUCCCACAACAAAGUGAUGUGGAUCGAUGGCCAUACUUAAGAGAUGUUCAACUAAAAAGAAUUGAUGGAGAAAUAGGUUUGUUAAUCGGAACAAACGUACCAAAGGCACUUGAGCCGUGGAAAGUCAUAAACAGUGAUGGGAAUGGGCCAUAUGCAGUCAAGACUCUCCUAGGGUGGACUAUCAAUGGUCCUCUGAAGGAAGAAAAUGCCAGUGGGGAGAGUUCUGAGUGGCCUCGAGUAACAGUAAACAGGAUCUCAGUGGCAACAUUAGAGGAGCUCACUGAGCGACAAAUAAAGUUGGACUUCCCAGAACAUGAUAUGGCUGAAAAAUUGGAAAUGUCAUUUGAAGACAAACAGUUCAUGGACUCUGUAUCAAAUUCAGUGAAGAUGGUUGAUGGCCAUUACAGCAUUGGCCUGCCUUUUAAGAACAAAGACAUAGUUUUCCCAGAUAAUAGUGUCUUUGCAGUACAGAGAGCAGAAUGUUUGAAACGGAAACUGAUAAAGAACCCGCAGCUUCAUCAGGAUUACUCUAAAUUCAUGGCACAAACGUUGACGAAUGGCUAUGCUCAGGAGGUUCCUACAGAAGAUGAUCGUAAAAGUAACAAGAGGACGUGGUACAUCCCACAUCAUGGGGUUUACCACCCAACAAAGCAUAAAUUACGGGUGGUUUUUGAUUGUGCUGCCACAUAUCGAGGCACCUCCCUAAAUUCAUGUUUAUUGCAAGGGCCUGACUUGACAAGCUCUCUCAUAGGAGUACUAACAAGAUUCAGGCAGGAACCAAUAGCCUUCAUGGCUGACAUCGAAGGUAUGUUUAAUCAGGUCAAAGUUCCCCAGGAAGAUGCUGAUGUGUUGAGGUUUCUGUGGUGGCCGCAGGGAGACCUCAGUCAGCAAUUAAAAAAAUACAGAAUGGUCGUCCACAUUUUUGGUGCAACCUCGUCGCCAAGUUGUGCGAGUUAUGCAUUAAGAAAGUGCGCGGAAGACAAUCAAGCACAUUUCAGCUCAACAGCUGCCAACACCAUUUUGAGAAACUUUUAUGUAGAUGAUUGCCUAAAAUCUGUUGGCACUGAGAAACAGGCAAUUGCUCUCAUACAAGACCUAGAGGCUAUGUGUGCUGCUGGUGGCUUCAAACUCACAAAGUGGGUUUCCAAUAGCAAAAGCGUGCUCGCAUCAGUACGUGAGGAGGAAAGAGCCGAUAAAGUCAAGAUGCUGGAUCUGGAGAAUGAUUGUUUGCCAAUCGAAAGAGCUUUAGGAGUCCAGUGGUGUGUGGAGGCAGAUACAUUGCAGUUCAGGGUCUGCAUACAAAGCAAACCACUCACAAGAAGAGGAGUGCUUUCAAUGGUCAGCACUAUUUAUGAUCCGCUUGGUAUCUUGGCUCCAAUUAUCCUCCCGGUGAAGCACAUUCUGCAGGAACUAUGUAGGACAAAGCAUGCAUGGGACGAUGACAUGCCAGAGGCACUGGCUAUGCAGUGGCAACAGUGGGUGAUGACCUUAGACCACUUAACCACCUUUGAAGUAAAAAGAUGCAUUAAACCAGCCAACUUUGGAGAAAUUACUUCAGCACGGCUUCACCAUUUUGCAGACGCCAGCGAGAAAGGGUAUGGUGUAGCCACCUACCUGGUCUCAAGAAACUGUCAGAACCAGACUCACUGCGCCUUCAUCAUGGGAAAAGCUAGAGUUACACCUUUGAAGCCAGUGACUAUUCCCCGACUUGAACUGACUGCUGCAGUUGUAGCAGCAAGAAUGGAUAAGAUGAUAAGAGCUGAGUUGGACAUUAACUUGACAGACUCUAUCUUUUGGACGGACAGCACAUCAGUCCUCCAGUACCUUAAAAAUGAAACUACGAGAUAUCGUACAUUUGUCGCUAAUCGAGUAGCUGCAAUUAGAGACAGAACAGAAACAUCACAGUGGAGAUAUGUGAACACAUCUGCCAACCCUCCUUACGCUUCCCAUUUUGGAGGAAUAUGGGAAAGGCAGAUAAGGACACUGAGGAAAAUUCUCAGUUCAAUACUUCACCAGCAAGCAGUGGAUGAGGAAGGACUGCAUACCCUACUGUGUGAAGUCGAGGCUAUUAUAAAUAGUCGCCCCAUCUCAAGAAUCUCUACAGACCCAAAUGACUUGGAAGCGUUGACCCCCAAUCAUCUAUUGCUGAUGAAGGCCAAAACAUCAUUGCCUCCAGGAUUAUUUGACAGGAAGGAUGUCUACUCUCGUCGCAGAUGGCGCCAGGUCCAGUAUCUUGCGGACUUGUUCUGGCGUCGCUGGACUAAAGAGUACUUACCGGACUUACAAAAGAGACAAAAGUGGUCUCGUCCACAGAGGAAUAUCAGUGAAGACGACAUCGUCCUCAUUGUGAACGACUCAGCCCCACGAAAUUCAUGGAUGAUGGGACGUGUAGUCGAGACUAUUAAGGACGUCAAAGGACAAGUACGCCAAGCCAGAGUGAAAUCCAGCAGUGGCGUGUUCUUGCGUCCUGUAACCAAACUUUGUUUGUUGGUUGAAGGGGACAUGUAAAAUUUUGUUUGUCACUUUCAUGAGACAGCGGUAAAGGCUGGUCUCCACCGGUGAGUCAUGUGCUGGUAACCUCUGACUCCAAACUUUUUUGUUUUUGGACUUUAAGAAAAGAGUUCCUGACGUGACGGGAAGAGUCACUUGUACAAUGGACAUUCUCGAACAAUUCAUUGUUGUUAUUUGUUUUUGCAGCUCAUGGCUCUGAUUUACUAAUUUGGUAAUUGUUUAUGUUCACAAAGACAAUUAGGGGCCGGAAUGUUAGAGCCAUAAGGAAAUUUUGGUUGAAUUAUAUAUAUAUGUAGCUUUUUGAAUAAUUAGAAUUUAAUAGAUGCAAGCCGUUUGGUUUAUAUUUGAUAUUUUAUUUAGAACAAAUUUAUUAAGAAUAUCGAAGGAUCUGGGCUCCAUUGGUUGUCCUGUAUUCAGUCUGUUGAGAGGCUAGAUUUACGUAAGCAUGAUUAGGAAGACAGUAGGGCAUGGAGCAACACCUUAUUUUUGACCGUACUUCGUGUUUAUGUAUUUCGUACUUCAUGUGAACUGAUUUCGUAUUUCGUUUGGGUGUAUUGUAGAAGUUUGUUUUUUUUUUGUUUUUGAUAAAGCCUCGAUUUGUGUUCAAGAAAAUAAAGCGAAUCCUCUUUUUUGGAUCAAA